GUGUGAAAACGGGCCGUUGCCUGAGGCGGCAGGCUCUGCACCUGCGUUCGGGGAGGGCCUGCGUGCUGUCAGCGCAGGUGAAGCCAAUGAGGCGCUCCCGCCCGGCUCCGAGGAGAGUCCCUGCAUGAAAUGGCGGGCGGGCAGCGCGCGGGUGGGUGAGGCGGAACGCGGCCUCCGGCAGCUGCCCCGGCCCGGGGGGCUCCGAGGAGAGACGGGGCCGGGACUGGAGAGCGCUGCGGGGUGAGCUGGGCGAAGAACGCCGCGGAAUUCCGCUGUGGAGGAGCCCGAUGGCGGCCGCCGGAGCCUUCGCCUGCCCCCGCUGCCGCAUGGCCUUCGGCUCCCGGGCGCUGCUACAGUCGCACCGCGAGCGGCUCUGCCUCGGGGCCCCGGAGGGCGGCGGGCAUGGGGAGCCGGGAAGGGCAGGGGCGCUGCGGGACCCCUCGGUCAAGAUGUCCCAGCAAGAGGAUCACCCCAAGCGACGCCAUCUCCUUUUGCUCUCCGGGCUCCCUCGGUCCUCUCUGGGACGUGGGGGCCCGGGGCGAGCCCGUGGAGCUCCCCUGGGUGAUGUCCUCACGGCCCGUGAACGGGCGCUGCUCCGUGCCCCCACUGCCAGCCGGCCAGCAGAGCGGGAAGAGCCCAGCCCACCGCGGGGGGACCCACGGGCACUGGAGCUGCUGGAGGCUCAUCAGCGCCACGUGGCUGAAAUCCGGGCCAGGACCCAACAGCUAGAGCAGCAGAGAGAGCAGCUGUGCCAGCGCUUGGCGUUGCUGUGCAACAAGCAUCCGUCACCAGAGCUGAGCCAGGCCCCAGAGGUGCUGCUGGACAAGACUGGACACCGGCAUCAAGGGGCUGCCCUCCACUUCGAUGCCCUCCUGCCACCCGUCGGGCCGCUGGCAGCCGAGGCCAGGGCGCUGCGGCUCUCCUACCUGCGUGCUGGUGGCCAUGACGAGGCCACCCUGGCACGGCUGCUAGACUUUCAGCUAGAGGCCACAGCGCUGGAGAAGAGGGCAGUGGAGAAGAUGAGUAAGCACCAGCCGCAGCACAGAGCCCAGGGACAGGACCCCGUUGCUGCUGAAGCAGCACGGGGCCUCGAUGCGGCGCUGCUGGCUGUGGAGCUGGAGAACCAGCGGCUUGAGAGCGAGCUCCUGGCACUGAAGGUUCGGAGGGAGAUGCGAGCUGAUGCCGGCUCGCUGGCAGCCCGGCAGCAUACAGAAGAGCUGGCUCAGCUGCAGGCAAAGGUGGAGAUGCUGCUGCGACGCCAGGCAGAGGGGAUGAGGCCGUGCCUGCCCUCUGCCGUCCUCCCACCCCCCGUGGCCCCUCCACUCCCCCCAGCCUUAGCUCUGGCGGAGCCACUGAGGCCAACCCUGAGGACAGGCAGCCCCGCAGCCCCCAGCCACCUGCUUGCACCCUCUAGCCUCCCCAGCAUCCCCUUUGGAGCCCUGGAUGAUCCCCCUCCUGGUCAAGAGGCACCAGCGCAGCACAAACACCCCCAGAGACACCUCCCAAGGUACAUUUAGGAGAAGCUUCACAGGAGGCAUUCAGGGCUCAAAUGGGAGAGCAGCAAAAUCCAUGGCAAGAUUUCCUCUACCAUCCUGAGGCCCAUGUGGUGGGGGUGUAAUAAAUGGCUUCUACCUGCACGUGCAGUUCUUCA